AUGCUGAUGACUCAUCUGAGACUGUCUGCGGUCAUCAAUGAACCUAAUGAUAGCUCUCCCUACGAGACAAGAUAUUGCGUAUUAGAUCUGUCGAGUGUAGAGGAUGCUGAUGACUCAUACGCUCAUCUGAGACUGUCUGCGGUCAUCAAUGACCUUAAGAUAGCUCUCCCUACGAGACAAGUAGUCUUGGUCAUUGACUACACUGUGGAUCUGCCGAGUGUAGAGGAUGCUGAUGACUCAUACGCUCAUCUGAGACUGUCUGCAGCCAUCAAUGACCUUAAGAUAGCUCUCCCUACGAGACAAGUAGUCUUGGUCAUUGACUACACUGUGGGAUAUUGCGUGUUAGAUCUGCCGAGUGUAGAGGACGCUGAUGACUCAUACUCUCAUCUGAGACUGUCUGCAGCCAUCAAUGACCUAAUGAUAGCUCUCCCUACGAGACAAGUAGUCUUGGUCAUUGACUACACUGUGGAUCUGCCGAGUGUAGAGGACGCUGAUGACUCAUACGCUCAUCUGAGACUGUCUGCAGCCAUCAAUGACCUAAUGAUAGCUCUCCCUACGAGACAAGUAGUCUUGGUCAUUGACUACACUCAUGUUCGCAAGCCUGUUGGCAGACACGCUUGCGAAAAUGCUUGGCGUUUCCAACAGACGGUCGAGCAUGCUUGCGAACUUUCUUGUCGCCACCGCCCAGUACUCUUGCUUCUCUCGUGCUGUGACAGUCUGACGAGCCGAGCGCCUAACCCAACAUGCUCGCCCGUACGAAGGCUCGCAGACCCCACACACGGAUAUUAUUCAUUGUCUCAAAGGACUAUGGAUGGAAAAAUAAUGUAUCAUGUAUAUAUCACAUAUCCAGGUGACGAUCUUCAAACAACAUUAAUGAAAACAUUAAACAAUGGAACAGGCAUCCUAGUGGCAGUGUACCGCAUCCAAUAUGCUCCAGAUGGGUUGAAUAAGUUGUACAGUGACAUCAAUGGCUGCCUCAAGACUCACACUGGUGCUGUUUACUUUAUCAUGACAGCUCCGACUCUCAGUGAAGACAUCUUAAAAAUGAUUCGUGAGAGAGACCUGAUCAGACGUAACUUACUCUAUAUGUUUUACUGGAGAGGAAAAGAUAUUUCGCCAAUUUUUGAAGAGAACCUGAUCGAGGCAAUGAGGGUUGUUGUUAUAAUAAGUCGCAGAGCUGGAACAUUGCAGGUAUUCUAUUCUCAGGCCGACUCAAGUGGUUUUCCACAGUUGAAGAUAGUUAACUGGUGGUCGACCCGCGGCUUUCAGAAGCAACGACUGUACAAGCUGUCCUUACUGCCUGACGCAGACAAAGUGUAUGAAGAUUUCAACAGGCGCAGCUUCAGUAUACCAGUGUUGCAUAAACCUCCCUGGCAUUUUGUCACGUACCACAACAGUGGGAUAGUGGUCGAGGGAGGACGUGAUGAUAAGCUUCUUCAACUUUUGGCAAACAAACUUAAUUUCAAAAUUGAAUAUUUUGAUCCACCUGAGAAGAGCCAAGGCUCAGUGAUUGAUAUGAACGGAACCAUGAAUGGUGUUCUUGGUCAGAUAUGGAGAAGGGAUGUAGACAUGUUCAUGGGGGAUCUGACAGUGACAUACAACCGCAGUCAGGCUGUAGAGUUCUCAUUCCUCACUCUGGCAGACAACGAAGCUUUCCUGACUCACGCACCUGGACGACUGAAUGAGGCUCUGGCACUUGUGCGCUCGUUUCACUGGGAGGUUUGGCCCCUGGUGGUGUUCACCAUCUUGGUUACUGGACCUCUUUUGUUCUUCAUCAUCUACAUCCCUCAUCUGUGGGAUGAAGACCAAAGUCUGUACGCCUCACCACUUCAACUGUUCUACAAGUGCAAUUGGUUCAUUUACGCCAUCUUUUUAAGACAAGGUGCUUCUGUGCCAACAAACAAACACAAAGUAAGAUUUGUCGCCAUUCUACUGACAAUGGCAGCAACAUAUGUAAUUGGGGACAUGUACUCAGCCAAUCUGACAUCCAUGCUCGCAAGACCUGCCAGAGAAAGGCCUAUUACAAACCUGGAACAGCUCCUUGAGGCAAUGGAGAACCAAGGCUACCAACUGUUGGUUGAAAAGUUUAGUGCUUCACAUGGGAAUGUUGAGAAUGGCACUGGAUUAUACAAGAAGAUCUGGCAACGGAUGCUAAAGCAGACUUUGUAUCCUCUAAUAGACUCACCAGAGUUUGGUAUGAAGCUGGUCCGAGACAAGAAGAACGUAGCCCUCAUCGGGGGUAGGGAGACAUUCUUCUUUGACACUCAACGCUUUGGAGCCUACAAUUUUCAUCUGAGUGAAAAGCUGUACACACGUUACUCAGCAAUCGCCAUGCAGUUGGGAUGCCCCUUCAUUGACAAAUUCAAUCAGAUACUCAUGAGGCUGUUUGAAGCUGGUAUAUUAACAAAAAUUACAGAAGAUGAGUAUGAAAAACUAGGAGAGAAGAAGAGGAUGGAAGCACAAAACAACCAACAGAGCCAAGAAGUGGCAUCAACCAGUGUUGCAGAGGGCAAUGAAAAACAAGAAGAGGACGGAAAACUGCAACCCAUGAGUCUUAAGGCUUUACAGGGAGGCUUCUUUAUCUUACUCAUUGGCUAUUGCACUGCAGGUUAG